GUCAAGGAAAAUAUCUCUUUACUGUGACAAUUCCUUUACAAAAUUAGAACGCUAAUAUGAAAUCAAGCAAAUAUCUUGAAAUGAGGCGAGUUUUGUCUCAAGUAAUAGCCGUUAUGGCAAAAAAUUUUUUAAUGGUGUUAGAGGGAAUGAGCGUAGGCUAUGUAACUAUCUUAAUUGCAUCACUCACCGACCGAAAUUCGAACGAGACGAUUAUUUUAAGUGAAGCGCAAACAUCUUGGAUCAGUUCUAUUUCGCCAAUCUCUUCGUUAGUAGGAUGUUACUUUUCUGGAUUAGUUUCGGAUCGCAUUGGUAGAAAACGCGCACUUAUUAGUUUAACGAUACCGAAUUUUAUUGGAUGGAUUGGUUACUAUUUUGCGAAAGAGCCCUGGCACAUUUUCGCGACGUUAGCUUUGCAUGGUAUAUCAAGUAGCUUUACAGAAGCACCCGUUUUGACGUACGUGGCUGAAGUAACAGAACCCCACUUACGGGGAGCUUUAUCAACGACAACAACAUUAGCGAUGAAUAUUGGAAUGCUUUUAGAAACCUUUAUUUGUAGCAUGUUACAUUGGAGAACAGCAGCUUUAGUGACAUGCAGUGUGCCAAUUCUAACGCUAUGUAUGUUGAUGAUAGUGCCUGAAACUCCGUACUGGCUAUUACUACAGAAUAGAUGUGACGAAGCGCGUAAAAGUCUCGCAUGGCUGAGAGGAUGGGUUUCCGUUGCAGAAGUUGAAGAAGAGUUUCAGGAAAUACAGAAGGGAUGUUCUCAGCGUGAAGCUGAUACGUCAGUGAUAAAGCCCACACAGUAUUUCAAAAGAAGCUUUGUGAUCCCAUUCUCUUUACUUGCAUUUUUAAUGAUUUGGUCAAGUUUUAUAGGCAUAGGUCCGACGACCAGAUACAGUGCAGUCAUUUUUUCAACAUUCAACGUACCUAUUAAUAAGUUUUACGCAGUUGUCUUAAUGAGUGCAUCUGGCAUACUUGGAAGUGUGCUGUGUAUUUUUUCUAUUAAACACUUUGGAAAACGCAAGACAGCCAUAUCAUCAAUAUUUGCCUUUUGUAUGUGUCACAUUUGUAUUGGUAUUUACGCGUACAUGUAUAAUGUUACGAAUUUAAAGUUUACCACUGAAAAUAUGGCAACAUCCAGUAACGAUUACCAAUGGAUUCCACUAUUGCUUCUUUCAGCUUUUAGUUUUAUUGCUUUUUGCGGACCUAAAAACUUGCCCUGGGUAUUGAUAGGGGAAGUGUUUCCAAACGAAGCACGCGCUGUAGGAUGCGGGUUAAUUUCAAGUGUUUUUUAUAUAUCCUCGUUUGCAGCAAAUCUGGCUUAUUUGGAUAUGAUUGCUUUAAUGUCCUUUCCUGGAGUGUACUGGACUUUCGCCUUUGUUUGUUUUAUAGGAUUACUCAUUACAUAUUUCCUAGUGCCAGAGACAGAAGGCAAAACGUUACAACAGGUUGCGGAUUAUUAUAAUGAAAAAUGAGUUUAAUAUAGAUAAUAGUGUAUUACCUAUGUAAAAGAGAAAACUAUUUCUAAUACAUGUUCAGCAAUUUAUUGAAUGCA